AGGAUCGGACCUUUCAGGGUGAUCCGUGAGAUAGGAAAAAAUGCAUAUUGUGUGGAACUCCCGCCCUCAUUCUUGUGCCUGCACCUGGUUUUCAAUGUCAACCUUCUUGAGCCUUACAUCAGCCCAGCAGUGUUCCAAAACCACCUUGAAAUCGAUCACCCUGCUGCAGAUCCCAGUCUGGUGCUGUUUGGCAACAACCCUUUGAAGAUCAAAGGAUCCUAG